GGCCCCGUCGCCAUGUCCCGGGACGCGGCCCCCUGCGCGGCCGCCACGCUCUGCGGCCUGUACCACGAGGCCGGCCAGCAGCUGCGGCGGCUGCGGGAGCAGCUGGCCGCCCGCGACGCCCUCAUCGCGCGCCUCCGCGCCCGCCUGGCGGCGCUGGACGGGGACGCGGCGCCGUCACUCGUGGACGCGCUGCUGGCGCAGGUGGCGCGCUUCCGGGAGCAGCUGCGGCGGCGGGAGGGCGGGGCCGGCGAGGCCGGGCUGCGCCAGGAGGUUGAAAGGCUGACUGAGCGACUGGAAGAGAGGGAGCGGGAGGUGUGGCAGCUGCUGAACCAGCCUCAGCACGUGAGGGAAGAGGAGGUGGCUCUGCUGCGGAGGCGCUUGGAGGAGAAGGAAAGGGCCCAGGCCGCCAGCCGCGUCCUGUGCCGCUCCCUGGCUGCUGAGACCCAGCAGCUGCAGCGGACCCUGGCCGCCACCACCCACGUGUGCCAGCAUCUGACUGGCCGGCUGGCCGAGCAGCAGCGCGCGCAGGGGGAGGUGGCGAGGAGGAACCCUGAGCCGGAGCAUGCUGGAGGGGAUGCCUCCAGCCAGUCCGCCAUUGGAAAGUUACAGGAAGAAAACCGGCUGUUGAGGCAGAAGGUGAUUCACGUGGAAGACCUCAAUGCCAAGUGGCAGCGCUACGAUGCCAGCCGGGAUGAGUACGUGAGCGGGCUCCAGGAGCAGCUGAGGGGGCUGCGGGGGUCCCCUGCCCCUGAGUGGGCGAGGAAGGAGAUCUCCCGCCUCAACAGACAGCUGGAGGAGAGGAUCGCGGCCUGUGACGCCGCGCAGCAGGAGCUGGCCGCCGCCCGGGAGCGGGUGCAGAUGCUGGAGCAGCAGAUCCUCACCUACAAGGAGGACUUCGAGUCAGAAAGGGCCGAUCGGGAGCGGGCUCACUGUCGGAUUCAAGCUCUGGAGGAGAAGGUCUCCUCUUUGCUGUACCAGGUGUCCCGGACAGAGGACCCCCACCGGCCGGGCCCCACCGCCACGCCCUUGGAGACGGAUGCAUCGGAGCCCACGGAGCGCAGGCGGCUGGCACCGGCCACAGAGGGCAGGUGCUCCGGCACAGCCCUGCCAGGCCAGGGCGCCCUCCAGUGCCCGCGCUGCCUGCGCUGCUUCGGUGAGGAGCAGGGCGAGGAGCUGCUCAGGCACGCGUCCGAGUGCUGCCAGUGACCGCUGUGCCCGGCCCUGCCCUGCCCUGCCCCGCCCUGCCCCACCCGGCCCUGCCCUGCCCUGCCCUGCCUGGCCCUGCCCUGCCCUGCCCGGCCCAGGUGCUGCUCAUGCUCGGCUCCCUGACUGUGGGAUGUGGGGUCCUCAGAACGGGGCAGACCUGACAGCUCCCUGUGGGCCCCUGGUGGCCACGAGGAGGCCGGGGACCACGGGCCGGGGCGGGAGUGUGCAGGGUGGGCAGUACCUGGUCUCCCGCUGUCACUGAGGCUGCAAGCCAUUGGCUCCGGGGACUCAGGAGCCGGCGCCCCAGGAGCCCGCGCCCUGCCUGGUGGGUCAGCGCGACUGUGCUGGGCUCACAGCUGCUCCGGCGCUGCUGCCCCCCAGCCAACGUUCGCUUGUGUUCUACCUGUUUUGAGAAUAAACGCACUCACCCCGCCUGG